CGGACUGAUUUGAGUGGAACACCGGUACGUGACGCGCCGCGGCUCCGUCCUGAAAAAUCCGGAAUAAAAUAAAAUAAAAUAAAAUAAAAUAAAAUAAAAUAUAUCGUCACAUCAGAGAUCCGGUGAUGAGCGGCGACAGCAGCAUCACUCCGCCCAGAGAGGAGUGUGUUUACACCAGCUGCUACUGUGAGGAGAACGUGUGGAAGCUGUGUGAGUUCAUCCGGAUGCAGAGUUCUGCUCCACUGAGCGACGUGUUCGUGGUUUUCAUCUCCAACAGGAACAGAACGGUUCCUCUGUGGAAGCAGAAGGCAGGACAUGGAGAACAGCCGGUGAUCUGGGAUUACCACGUUCUGCUGCUGCACGUCGACCGUCAGUCUUCUUCUUCUGUGGUUUAUGAUCUGGACUCUGUCCUGCCGUUUCCCUGCAGCCUGCAGCUGUACGCUGUCCAGGCUCUGCGCUCCGACCGGGGCAUCAAACCUGCGUACUGGAGGAAGCUGCGCCUGGUUCCUGCUCAAGACUUCCUGCACAACUUCGCCUCCGACCGAUCGCACAUGAAGGACGCUGAUGGAGCGUGGCGCAUGCCCCCCCCACCAUACCCCCCCAUCAGCACUGCAGAGUCCCAGAUGAACCUGGAUCAGUUCAUCAGCAUGGAGCCGGCGGUCGGCUGGGGGAGAGUUUUCAGCCUGGACGACUUCCUGCGGCACUACGGAGCGCACUCUUCCUCCUCCUCCUCCUCCUCCUCUUCCUCCUCCGCCUCCUCCUCCUCCUCCGCCUCCUCCUCCUCCUCAUCACUGCACUGACGUGCCUCGUCUUCCUGACUCAGACUUUUUUCAUGAACAAACAGGAAUGUGACUCUUGUUUUUGCAACAUGAAGAAGCAGGAAGUCCCAUCACUUCCUGUUUCCUGUUUAAUCAGCUGUUUCCUCAUUCAGUUCAUUUGCUCUUCCUACAAGUUGACAUUGCAACAGGAAAUUAAGUACAGUGCAUUGUGGGUAAUUUUCACCUGUGGCUAGCCUGGACACUUUUUUCCCUUCAGGUUUGUGUGUGUGUGUGUGUGUGUGUGUGCGCACGUGCAUGUGUGUGUGAGUGUGUGUGUUGAGUUUUCUUAUCGCUCAUUCCUGAAAACACUUUAAGGAACAAUUUUUCAUAUUUAAUUUUCCUGAAGGUUUUGGGCAUGUGCUCUCAGGAAUCUGUGUUUGCAGCUUUCUUUGUGAAAACGUAGAGAAAAGAGCCGUCAUUUCCAUUAAAAAUCAAAUUAAACAGAAACUUCUGC